AUGGAUGUACAAACGCUAAAUGUUACAUUUGGGAUUUGGGCAUGCCUUCAGCUUCAGAACAGCUCGGUUCUGAACGGGACCUUAAACGGGAGUCUGGAGAUCCCCAACGGCACCUGCGGAGACGCGCUUCUGCUGCCCAAGACGGAACCGGCGCGACCUAAAGAAAUGGAUUUGCUCCGCAUACUGCUGUACUCUCUCAUAUUCCUGCUGAGUGUGUUUGGUAACCUGCUCAUCAUUGUGGUUUUGGUGGUGAACAAGCGAAUGCGGACGGUUACCAACUCAUUCCUGCUCUCCCUGGCCAUUAGUGAUCUCAUGAUGGCUAUUUUCUGUAUGCCCUUCACUCUUAUUCCCAACCUGUUGGAAGAUUUCAUCUUUGGAGCUGCCAUGUGCAAGAUUGUGGCGUAUCUUAUGGGAAUCUCUGUCUGCAUAUCUACCUUCAGUCUGGUGGCAAUAGCCAUUGAGAGGUACAGUGCCAUUUGCGACCCACUAAAGUCCCGGGCAUGGCAGACCCGAUCCCAUGCCUACAAAGUCAUCGCUUCCACCUGGGUCCUAUCCUUCCUCAUUAUGACACCUUAUCCCAUCUUCAGCACACUAGUGAAGUUCACCAAGCCCAACAAUAUUACAGCUCACAUGUGCCGUCAUGACUGGCCGAAGAGCGAGGUGGAGCAAGCGUGGUGCAUCCUGUUGCUAAUUGUUCUGUUCUUCAUUCCUGGAGUGGUGAUGAUCAUCGCUUAUGGGCUUAUUUCUCGAGAACUCUACCGUGGAAUACAGUUUGAAUUGGAGGAGAAGAUGGGACAGAGUGGAAUGAAAAAUGGUAUCAGUGCCACUGCCUUAUAUAGCAGUGAUGAUGGAGAUGGCUGCUACAUCCAGGUAUCCAAGAGGCCCAGCUCAAUAGAGAUGUCAGCACUCACCCCAACAGGCUCCGCAAAGCUGGACCGACCUCGUAGCAACACGUCCGAGGCUAAACUAAUGGCCAAGAAGCGAGUGAUCCGUAUGCUCAUUGUCAUUGUGGCUAUGUUCUUCAUCUGCUGGAUGCCCCUGUACUCUGUCAACACCUGGAAAGCAUUCGACCUUCCCUCGGCCCACAGGGCUCUUUCUGGAGCCCCCAUCUCAUUCAUUCACCUGCUGUCCUACACAUCUGCUUGUGUAAACCCAAUCAUCUACUGCUUUAUGAACAAGCGCUUUCGAAAGGCACUUCUCGCCACCUUCUCCUGCUGCUGCUGGCCCUGCCAGAGAAAAGGGUUCAGGGAAGGUGAUGAUGAGGUUAAUGCCACUGGAGCGUCCAUGUCUAAGUUCAGCUACACCACUGUCAGCACAAUGGGACCAUGCUGAUUCUCAGAGGACCCAGGCUGGGCAAGAUGGAGAAUAUUUGGGGUUGAUGUUGACAUAUUGUGAGGGUUUACUUUAUUAGAAAACUUCAUUACAAAAAAUCACCUACACUCUAAAAAAUGCUUGGUUGUUUCAACCCAACUUUGGGUCCAAUAUGGACUAAACCAACCAUUGGGUUAUAUUUUUACAUAAAAUUUGUUAACCUAAAAGUUAGGUUAGUCAAUAUUUGACCCAAAGUUGGGUUGAGACAGCAAAGCAAAGUUGGCGUCCAAUAACUUGGUAGGAAAGGUCACACCAACCUCACCCUGUCCUGUCAAAGGACUGUUACUAGCACCCAUUAAAAAUGAAAAAAAAGAGAGACCAAAUGACUGCUUGUGACACUCCUUUCUGACUGAAUUGGGAAAUCGUUUUGGUGCAGAGAACCCCACAAUUGUAAUUUUUACCAUGAAUAACAAUCUGUGUUAUUCAUGGGAAAGCUUGUGGCACAGAGUUUGCUUUGAAAAAUUUUGUAUCAGAUGCGAGCAGGACAAUGACACUUCAGGAUGGGAAGAAGCUCACUGGUCGCCUUUAUCAACUGAGUGAUAAUGUUGACCUUGCUAGAUGUUGUCAAAGACAAUCAACUCAGCAAAAAGCAGAGUUUCUGGAGCUGUUAGUGUUCAUUGAGAAACGGCUGCAUUAACUGACUUGCUCAAACGACUAUAUAAAUGACUUGAAAUGGCUAGUAGAAUGCCAGUCUUACACUUGUAUGUUGCUAUCCUUACUUUGUAGUUUUAAGUGCCUGCAUAGUGUUUUUAAAAUCUUUUCUGAGGUCAGUGUUCAUCAGGAGAGAUUUAAUUUGUAAGAUCAGAACUCUAAAACACUUUCCAAAGUCUGAGCCAACAGUUUUAUACUGAAAGUCACAAUAUUCUACAGUAUUACAGUGAGGUUAAUGAUGAUGAUCUGUUGCUAGACAGGACCUUGCUUUUUGUAGUUGGCUUCAUCUUCAUAUUUUGGGCUAAAGAGGUUUUGUUUUUGAAGUUGUCCUUCAUGGCCUUCACAGUCUGUGGCUGUAGGUGACUUCAACUGAACGAGGAGCUUAAACCCCUUAAUUGGUACGAACUCAUUCCAAUAUGUCAUAAUCUCACAGAUUGAUUUAUGACUGCUUUCAAAUGUUCUCAUAAAUUUAAAGCUAUAAAUGAAUUAAGGUCCUCCCAAACAGUCCUAAUCAAACAAACAGCAAAUAACACUUAAACCUGACUUUUGAAUGUUUUGUCCUUUUUUUGGAAAAUAAAAUGUUAGAGAGACAGGCUUGAUUAAAUGUCAGAUAUUUUUGAGUGCCACUGGACCCAUGGGAAAUCAGACAUGAUUCAGUGACUACUGAAUAUUUCAAGUCACUAAAAUUGAAAAUUAAAUGACUGACUUUUAAUAAAAUUAAAUGACAAAUUUAAGUGACAAUUUUUUUUUUAAAGUGCUGCCAAAGUGACAACUGCAGUGAUUAGUUCAUUGCACCUUUUCAGCCACUUUGUACUAAAUUGCACUUUGUUACUAAUGAAAAAA